AUUGAUCUCGCUAUUGAUCGCUGAAACCACCAGAGUUUCAAAUUCCCAUACCUACAUUCGGGCCUGCCGCGGUAAUUUUAUUAUUGUACGUUAGGUCAUUUUUAUAUCAAUUUAUAGAACUGAUAGGGCUUGGAAUACUGGUAGGAUCACUCGGCUGGAUACUGUCGCAACUCAUCGCUUUCUUUCCGCAUGAUCGCAGCCUAUAACCACUGAACACCUGCAAUCCAGCCCAAACAUGAACUUGGGUUCCAUUAGUGAUCAGCUGCCCACUUAUCCCAACAACAUACAAGGAGAAUUACGUCUCAUUUUGCAAACCAAAGAUGUAUUUCUUGUUUGUUACAAGCACUUGGAAGAAUACAGGAAACUAGUGAAUGAGCAAAAUCGACUAAUCACCAAGGAAUUUGUACAAGAACAGCUUCAAAUUGGGGAGGAUGAAAUAUCCGAACUUAAAAUGGAAUUACAGGAUGCUGAAACAAGGCUAAAUGCAAGACUGCGUCACAAUGAACUGUUGGCUGACCAUUUGGCUAGCUUGGGUUACGCUUCACUGGAGUCGGGAGCCAGUGUGAGACACUUGGCUCUUUGCCGAUCUCCACAAAUGAGAAAAAACAUGCUUGCUCAACGUCAAGGCGGCGGUCUGGGCAACUCUCGACUAUCUGAACCGCGUCCGCCAACUCAUAUGAUCGACAACAUAGCCUUGGCUAUCGCUGAGAUACACCAGGAAGUGAGGUCCAAAGUUAAACCACUUCUUGACUACUACCGGGAUUUGUUUUACCUCCAACUUCACUUCAGUCUUGUUCUUGGACAAGUGUGCAAUUAUUGCAUGCCAUUAGUGACAGAAAACAUCGGCCUCAUUGAUCGGAUAUUUUUUUGGUCCGAACGACCCGAGUUCGACCUAGUACGCAGAGCCGGAGACAUCGGUGAUCGCCUAAAGGAAAUUUACACACGAGCACAAACUGUACUGGGUGUGUUAGCUGAAUCAGUGAGGUUCUUACAGUCCAAAGUGGAAUUGCAAAAAACCUUGGAACAAAGAUUUCAUGAGCGCUUAGACGAACAACAAAAAACCAAAGAUAAAAUCCUACGCGAGGUGCACACGACCAAGCAAAACAUGGAUAUGCUUGAAGAGGAAAACGACAGGCUUGUUGGUAGUUUGGUUAAAGUAGACCCUAGUUUUGUUGACAGUCGACAUUUUUACGAACUCGCGGAAGGAGGCAACUUAGUAGGAGCAAAGAAACCUAAUACUCCGAAAGAAACUGCACAACAUAAUGCAGAAGAAGAAAUGGAUGAAGGGAACGCGGCGGGAGGUAGGAGGCGGGACAGUACCGAAUUUAACCGUGAGACAAACGGAAUGACAAACCGAAACGGUAGAAGAAUAAGGGAUUUGAUGACUCCUUCAUGUUUAGAGAAUGCCACAGAGGAAGUGAAUAACAAUAAAGCAACGAGCCUGGCAAGUGAAAUCACGCCACGUUUAACAGAAAGCAAAUCUAAUAGCAAGCAAAAACUGAAACAGGAAGAAAUGGAUGAGCUCCUAAAAGACCUCAAAACCAAGAUAGCCACAGUAAAAACGCGGGCAAAGGAACCUUCUGGUAUUUAUAAUAAACACAAUGUUGAAAAUUCUGAGACGGUUAGCUCUGUGGGUGACAGUAACGAGACUCAAGGUACCUCAAGAGUUCCUUCGCGUAUUUCUAAUUCCAGAUCAAAGAGUGCAACCAACGGACGUGGCUCACGUAACCGAAGUAAAAGUAGACAGAGAGAAAAUAACUGCCCCACGUCGUCAGCUGGAACUGCUAAAGCAAAAGUUCAGCGUCGCGCGACUAGUGUAGAAAGGCAUACAGCAAGUCCAGCUAUCAGAAGGCGUAGACCAAAAAGUUCUUUGGGGGGGCCCAGGACGCAGGGGGCAGAUGUCGCUCUAGAGGAAAUUACACGACAUCCCAAAAAGAAGACCGGAAAGCGUGAGAAUGAUCUGUAUUCAAGCUCUUUAUCAACACCAGCUGGUGAUAACGCUGACAGUCCCACAAUGUCACCAACUUCCUUGAAAACAAAGUUACUUGGCCGGACAAGAGAUAUAUUUGAAGCUGCAUUUCAUCGGGCGUCAAAGACCAGCAGUGUGGAGCAUGUUAGCAGGAUGGAGGGGAGUGUGGAAACUUCUCAGGCUGCUGGACGAAUAAGCAGUGAAGACCCUAAUAACGAUGGUGUGACCAGUGUCUCCUCAUUUGCCUCCCUUUUGGUUGCUGACUCUUCACUUGGUGAGCCCAGGUUUACCGAACCAGCCGCAAUUAUUCCUCCUAGACAUCGUCGUUCUCUAGAGCCAAAGAAGCUUAAGCGUUCAUCCGAGCAGCCCAGGACGACCAAAAAAGGAACACUACAUAUCCGCGGGCGCUCCAAUCCGAAAUAUAUUGAAGAGAAACCACUUCCUGCCCUGUCUACAGAAACCCUGUUAAUCGAGAGAUCCUCUGACUUGAAGGGUAACUCACUCGAGCAUAACCUUCCACUGAAUGAACAGUCUCCAGUUGAAGUCAAGCACAGAAAAUCUCGCAGAAAAAGAAGUAAAAUCAAUGAUAACUUAGGCAGCUUUCUGGCAGGAUCUACUCUAGGUCCUCUCGAAUCGGUAUCUCAGACAUCGUUACCUUCACUUUUGUAGUCAUGCGCCAGGAAAAUUGAUUUCAGACAAUCAUUAAUGAGUUUGGUAUCGCAAACAUGUGUUGAUCAUUCGCAUGCGAAAUAGCGACCUCCACUUAACCAUGGAGAAAACUGGGGAGGUAAAACAAUUCCGUUUUAUCGGAAGCACGUAAAACGCAACAAGUCAAUACGCUGCGACCUACUUGCACGGAAGAAGUAUAGUUUGUAUACGAAAAUCGUCUCUUACAUACGGAGACCGGAUUCGGGAUGAAGCUCUUCGCUUUCCACCAUCCCUCGCCUUUGUGGACGUGUUUUCACUGUCUAUCAAUAAACUUAAAAUUUUUGUUUUGUCUAAUACUACGUUGUACUAACAACUGUGGAUAUCAACCGUUACGCCAAUAUCUUCACAAUCGAACAGCUGUGAUAUCCAAUAAAGCUUUCGGACCAGG